AUGGCUUUUGCAGGCCGGAAGAGGCCCGGGAAGUGGUUGCUAAAAUUACUUCCCAAGAGAUUCGCUGCGCAAAGCUCUGCGUCUGGUCUGUACAAUCACUGUGGCCGAAUGGCGUAUCAAGUAGACUUCUUGUUCCAUGAACGCUUAGGCAACAACGCAGGUGCACCUCCCUGCAUACGGCAGCUCGAGACCAACCUUGCUUGGUCACCCUUAGCAUGGUCAAUCCACCGCGGCAUGAAGGAUGUUCUCAUCGCUUACGACUUGCCGUACAUGUCAGCUUACCGCGAAACAUUAGCGGCGACCUUAGCAGCAGCGGUCCCAAGGCAUAGUUUUGCGCUCCGGCAUCGAGGCUGGGGACCACAAUUCAUCACGGAGUCUAUGGGUGACCAAGCAGCGUCCGCAGUUCUGGGCGACGAUCGACGCAGUGGUGAUACAUGUCGGCUUGUGACAGCGAUAACCGAGGUUCUGGGCGAGCCACCAGAAAUUGAUAUGGACUAG